GCGCGCGAUGCCGGCCGGCUGAUGUGGUUGUUUAAUUGUGCGUACGCUGUGCCGAGGGAAAAUGUGGUACUUUUUGUAUAGAUCAAUGAUCACAAAACCAGUGGGUCCGCGUUUGCGCUCGCAGCAUCUUUCGUGUUGUGCGCCGGUGUCGAUUAUCGUAGUUAUCGCGUACUGUCGCUGCGCCCGCAUCAGAUCACAGUGCACGGAAGAAUUUGUUGAAAGUUGUGCUAUCACGUGCUGCACUGUAUCAGAAAUUCUACAGUGUUUACGCCGGAAGAUCCGUGCACCGACGGCCCUUUCCGCGGUACCUGCUGUACGAUGCCGCGGCACCUGCGACACGAAGGAUCGUUUCAGCAGAGCAUGCCUGAAAAUGAUUGGUACAAUUUUAUGAUCCUAGGCGCCCACCCCUACACCACAUAGGAGAGCCUGAGGCACUCCUGCAGCCUGAACAGCACAUCAAAGCAUCUGGUCUUCACGCUACAACAAGCCCAACGCCAUCACACUGAGCUAUCACAGCAGCUCCUCCGACUUUAGGUUGACGAAACGGCUUUUCGAAGGGAACUUCUUGCAAAGUUUAAGAGGAGCAGAUAACUUACGAGGAAACGACGGACGUGGCGGUUUGCGUAGACAACGUAUAUUUAGAUCAGCCCGUUGUUCGGGCAAUACUGCCUUCUUUGCACUCUUGCUGCAUCUGAAAAGAAGGUGAAGACGAUCUACGAGGAAGAAGAUAUACAGUGGCCGCGCGCGGUCUUGUUUUACUCUCGGAAUUCGCGGCCGAUACCCCAUAGUGCGUUCUUCCAGGACACUGAGAAACAACAACAAGCUCGGAAGUAUGACCCAGUGCUUGGACACUAGAGCAGGAACAAGUCUGUCACCACAGUGCCAACAACGUAUUCCCGAAAGACAGACGCCAACGAUGGAGCCGCUGUCCGAUGAAAGAGCCCAGAGCUACCUCCUACACCUGGGAGUUUCCAAGCCCUCCGAGCCCACCUUGGACUUCCUCGAUCGACUGAUCAGGGCGCACCUAGAGCGCGCCACCUUCGAGAAUCUGGACGUGCUGCUGGAGCGACGCGUCAGCCUCGACGCUGAGGCCGUACUCGGCAAGGUGACUGGACGCGGCCGCGGUGGCUACUGCUACGAGCUCAACUCUCUCUUCGCCCGCCUGCUGCUGGCGCUCGGCUACAGCGUGCGCCUGCGAGCGGCCCGCUUGCGUCUCACGACUCCCGACGACUCGGACAAGCGCACGCGCCUCUCCCACAUGGUGCUGCUGGUCGAGCUGACCGACGGCCGGCGCUACAUCGUGGACGUCGGCAUGGCGCAGUGCGGUCUGCACCGGGCGCUGCCCCUGGAAGGCGACGCGACUCCGUUCCGCCUUCGCAGCGUGGACGCGACGGAGGCCGUCGAGGUCGCGGUACCCACGACCGACGGCGGCUGGAAGGCCUUCUACGUCGUCGAGCCGUACGACCUCGACUGGCUCGACUUCGGCGUGUUCAACUGGUACUCGUCGACCCACCCGGACAGCGCGAUGCGGCGUCUCCUCUUGGUGGGACGCCGAUCGCCCCGGGACGACGGCUGUUGGCUGCGGCUCAUCAACGACCGGUUCGUCCGCUGGUCGCCGAUACAUGGCGUCGUCGAGAAACGCGUGAUGCGGGAUGAGAACGACAUCCUCGAGAUUCUGCGAGAUGAGUUCGGGCUGAACCUGAAUGCGGCGGACGACGUGGCGCCGCUGCGUGUUCGCUUGCGAGGCCUGCUGGAGAAUUUGAGGCUGGGCCAGAACCUCUUUCUGAAGAAACCGAUGUGGCCGGAGGGAUAACUGCAGCGUUGUCGUCGCGGUGACGAAAAUUAUUUUUGCUGUGUAAUAGAAAAAGAGAUAGCUGAAACAACUUUCGUGCGAUAAAUGUGUAUACAUGCCAUAUGCUUGUUGCGUGCAGGAUAAAUACAGUAUGGUAUGGCACAGCGAGCCCCGAGAAACAUUUAUUGACUGGAAAAGGCAGAGAGGUCGGCCGGAAAGUGGAGUAUCUGGCCUGCUACUCUGUGAGAGGGAAGGGGAAGAAGAGAAGAAAGGGGUCACAAUGGAGGCAUGAUUAUGAUGGGAGCAACGAGAUGAAAGAACACAUCGCAAAUGUGUUACCAUCAAAAGCUCGUGUCCAGGCCCGUGUCGCCUAAGAAGCGUGAACAAGAACGCAUUGCCUCUGUCGUCUGCCAAAUCUGCGGCCAUGCGCCUAGCAGGAGGUCAUUCGAUAGUGGUCUGCUGUCUGAAUGCCUCAAGGUAGCUGCCAGUGUCAGUCUUUCGCGCGCAUACACAGGUCACACCACGAGUACAUGGUCUGUAGUCUCAACACUACUAGCUGAACAGUCCGGGGAGUCCGCCAGUCCAAUGAUCUGCAAGUACUUGAGCGUGAAAGCGACGCCUAAAGGUAGUCUGUGUAUCAGGUAUGCGUUAGGGCGUGGAAUUCCACGCGGAACAGCAAAAUGAAUAGUGGGAUCAAGCCUUUUAAAGCGGACGUGGCGAGCGUCUAGGUG